GCCUGGCCCGGAGCGCUGCGGGAUGGAGCCCGCAGGCCUCACCCUGAAGCUGCUGCUGCUCGGGGACAGCGGCGUGGGCAAGUCCAGCCUCCUGCGGAGGUUCACGGACGGCGCCUUCGAGCCGCGCCUCACACCCACCGUCGGUAUUGAUUUUAAAGUGAAGAAAAUGCUGGUGGACGGCCGUGCAGUGCAGCUGGCCCUAUGGGAUACAGCAGGACAGGAGCGUUUCAGAACAGUGACUCCCAGUUACUACAGAGGAGCUCAAGGGGUUGUUUUAGUGUAUGAUAUUACAAGAAAAGCAACUUUCACAGGACUGGGAAGGUGGCUGAACGAGCUGGAGAUGUACACCACCCCCAGCAGCACUGUGAAGAUGUUGGUUGGCAAUAAAACUGAUAAGCCUGAGCGUGAAGUGGAGAGAAAAGAAGGGCUCCAGCUUGCCAGGAAACACUCACUGCUUUUUAUAGAGACCAGUGCCAAGACACAGGAUGGAGUGCACCAUGCCUUUGAGGAGCUGGUCAUAAAGAUCCUGCAGACUCCAGAUCUUUGGGAUAAGGGCACAGGGAAAAAGGGAAUCCAGCUCAUGGAAUCUUCAGCACAGCAGCAUAAAGGGUUAUGUGGUGCCUACUGUGCACUUAUUUAAAUGUACAGCUGGCUGUUCUGCCUGACUGGAGGAAAAAAAAAAAGGUGUGGGGAUGGGAUUCCAAGCACCAAUCUGUGCCAUCGGUUGUGCAGAUGCAAACCACAAACUCAUUAGCAAAAUACAUUUUUAUUCAUUAACAAAAUACAGUUUCCCCUUCCCUUUUGCACAACUGCUGCCUGCAGGUAUUUUUCUGGUAGCUCUCAGAUUUUUCACUAUUAAAUCAUAGUGCUGCUUAGAGAAUUGUGCUUUUGCUGUAUUCAACAUGGACUUUUGCUGGAAUUCUUGCCUCAGCAUAAAUUAAUUGGUAUUCAAUUCUGGAAUAUUAUUGAGAAGAUUCUCUUCCCUUGGAUGGCAUGGGAGGCUUUGAGGCACCCAAGUCACUUUCAUGUAGUUACUCAGCAGGAGUUUGAUCAGUGGACAGAGUUUCCUGAUUUUGGAUGGUUUUAAAAAGUCAAAAUUGCUACAUGUGCCCAGACAGUAAGCUGAGUUACUGGUUAAUUUUGGGGCUGUAUGAAGAGGAUGUGAAUUUUAAUACUUGUCAGGAAAAGUGCAGGACACUGGUGAUUGCUGUUCUCUUUGCACUGAGGAUCAGGGAUUAGUUUUAGGGCUGUGAUGAAGAGGAUGUGUAUUUUAACAGGAAAAGUGCAGGACACUGUGGUGAUUGCUGUACUGAGGGUCAGGGAUGAGGUGCACUCAUCAUUUUGGGCUGUGGUUUUGCAGUCACUGAGAGUCUCUGCAAACCCUUGUUCUCUUCCAGAAACCACAGAUAAAAUUGAAAAUUUUAUCAGAAUUGAUAAAAAUGUUACCAGAAAUUGAUAAAACUCAAUUUCACAGAAAAUGUGCUGCUUAUGGGAGACUUUGCACUUGGGUGUCUGUCACCAAUCCCCCUAUGAAGUUACCCUUUUGUCUUUUACAUUUUUAAUGGCAAUAUUGUAUUUUUACUAACUUACAUUAAAAUAAAUGAAAAUUCCAGAUGGAA